ACAAAAUUAUUUAUCUCUUAUUGCACUUUUAAUCAGCUUAUGUCACGGUUCACGUACUGGAGACCCACUCUAUCUCGCGCUGUUGUACAGGUUGAGACUGCAGUUAGGGGACUUCUGGUAUACUUCUAGAAGUUAUUGAUCGAUUGAAGAGAUCUUGAAUUGAGAAAAUGGGUUACAUAUGUGAUUUUUGUGGAGACCAAAGAUCCAUUGUCUAUUGCCGGUCUGAUGCAGCAUGUUUGUGUUUAUCAUGUGAUCGAAAUGUACAUUCAGCUAAUGCUUUAUCCAAACGUCAUUCAAGGACACUAUUAUGUGAGAGAUGUAAUUCACAGCCAGCAUUAGUUAGGUGUGCUGAAGAGAGGGUCUCUUUCUGCCAGAAUUGUGAUUGGCUGGGUCAUGGAACCUCUACAUCAGAUUCUACACAUAAGAGGCAAACGAUCAAUUGUUAUUCUGGUUGCCCUUCAGCUUCUGAGCUGUCUUCUAUUUGGUCAUUUGUUUUAGACUUUCCAUCUGUCAGUCAAUCUGCUUGUGAGCAGGAAUUGGGUCUGAUGAGUAUUACCGAUAGCAGCAUGAAGAAUAUCUGGGGAAAUAAUGAAGAUGCUAUCACCCAAAAUGCAUCAGGUGGUGGUGUUGAGAGCAAUAAUAUGCGAGAUGCUGAUAAGUCAAGUGUUUGGGUUGGGUCUUCUUCCUUGCCUGGAUUUACCUCUUCAGCACAGAAUCUUGAACAAGCGCCCGAAUCAGCUAAUAAUGCAUCUUUACCCAAGUUAUACUGUCCUGGAACAAAUGGUCCUCCAUUCUGUGAAGAUAAUGAUCUCUAUGAGGACUUCAAUAUGGAUGAAAUGGAUCUGAAUCUUGAGAAUUAUGAAGAACUCUUUGGUGUAACUCUUAAUCAUUCAGAAGAGCUUUUAGAAAAUGGUGGGAUUGACAGCUUAUUUGGGACAAAGGAAAUGUCUGCUGCAGAUUCCAAUUGUCAAGGCGCUGUUGCUGCUGAGGGCUCGUCAGUUGGACUUGUAAACACAAUGCAGCCAACAUGUAGUAAUGCAGCAUCUGCCGAUUCCAUGAUGAGUACAAAAACGGAGCCUAUAAUUUGUUUCACAGCAAAGCAAGCACAUUCAAGCCUCUCUUUUUCUGGCCUUACUGGUGAUAGCAAUGCUGGUGAUUAUCAAGAUUGCGAUGCUUCUUCAAUGCUUCUCAUGGGGGAGCCUCCAUGGUGUACUCCGUGUCCUGAGACUUCCUUUACAUCAGCAAGCCGUAGUGAAGCAGUGAUGCGUUACAAGGAAAAGAAAAAGGCACGCAAGUUUGACAAGAGAGUUAGGUAUGCCUCUCGCAAAGCUAGGGCUGAUGUGAGAAAACGUGUGAAGGGGCGCUUCGUGAAAGCUGGUGAUGCUUAUGAUUAUGAUCCUCUCAGCCAAACCAGAAGCUGUUGAGUACAAUUUUUAACCAUGCUUUAAAAAAGGAAAGAAACAUGCAAUGUUUAUUGAAAAGAGUCUGUUAUUAUUGCCUAAACAAUGGAUGAGUUGAUGCAUGUUUUUACUGCAAAAUGACAAAGCUGCAUGGUUGUAUCUCAGGGGCGUAGGUUCUCAUGAGGAGAAAGCGGUGGAAGUAAAAAUCUCUGCUUUGCAAUGCUUCAACAAUAAAAUUCAAGUGCCGAUGACUGAUUUCCAUUACCAUAAAAGAUGGAUGGAUCAGGGCAGAUUCUGACCAGAGUGCUUGAGACUAUGCAAUAAUUAUUUCCACUAUAUCUUUAGGCAAGUUCACCUGCCCAAUUCUUUACCAGGAGGAUGCUUGGUGCUGCUUCAGCCAUAUCCAUGCUUCUUUAUCUCUACUGUUAAUCUUUCUUUUGCACGUCUGCACUCUGGCGAGUCUAUAAAGAAACUACCAUGGUGGGCAGCAGAUCUCACAGUUGCCUGAGUAUGGGGCAAAAAGCUUGAUAGCUGUAGUUUUAACUCUUGUUUUUAUUUGACAUGUAUAGCACAGAAUCUAUAUAUGCAAUUGAGAGAGAAUAUUAACGCCUGGUGGGAGAGCUGGGAUGAAGCCAGGCAAAGAAAUAUUUUUCUGUAUGGUUUUUCAUGGACGUACAUAGCUCAUGAUAUGAUCAUCGAAAUUGUAUAUGCAUAAAUAAGAGGAUGAGGAUGUAGCCUGUAGUGACUGUUACUUUUUUUUUUAACUUACCAUCAUUAUAAUAAAAUGCUAUAAUUUGUAACUAAUUAUUACAA